UGAUCAAAGAAAGGCGAAGCUAAACAAAAGGGUAGCAUGUUGAUAGCAUUUAUUGAUAAAUUAGUAAAAUAUGCUUAUUUAUUAUAUUAAAAAUCUUGUUUUCAUCCAGGAAAUUAAGUGAGUUUAGUAUUUGAAUAACGUGGUCUGCAUGUAAGAUCGUAAAAUGCAGUACAAUUCACAGUGUAAUGGAGGCCAUUAAAAGUAAUUAUUAUGUGUAUUGGCAUACUUAUCGGCCAAAGAACUAUUGGAGAUAUCUUUAAAAUGGAUGUUUAAUUGCUUGUGCUUAAAGUUGUAUGAAAAUAAUAUGUUUAUAAACGACACUUAGUGAAAUGUGAAUGAGUGGUAAGUGGUCUAAUGUAAAUAGACCAUUAUUUUCGAAACAUGGCACAAAAUCAAGGGGAGGUUCAAGUGGGCACACCGAACCAACCCGUGAAAGACAAGGAUAUCUAUGCGUGUCUGCCUGACAUACGGUUGAAUGGUCCACUCGGUCCUGACGAACCGUGUCCAGGAGGCGAAGAAUUGCGGUGGCUGCCUGCGCAGGCGACUGACCGGGAUCUGGUUAUGUACUUAAGAGCUGCUCGUUCUAUGGCAGCAUUUGCUGGAAUGUGUGACGGGGGAUCCCCAGAUGACGGCUGUGUAGCUGCUAGCCGUGAUGACACUACUAUAAAUGCAUUAGACGUUUUACAUGACUCUGGGUAUGACCCUGGACGUGCUCUGCAAGCUCUUGUGAAGUGCCCAGUACCAAAAGGAAUUGAAAAGAAAUGGUCUGAAGAAGAAACUAAACGAUUUGUAAAAGGUAUCCGUCAAUUUGGUAAGAAUUUUUUCAAAAUAAAAAAAGAUCUUUUACCUCAUAAGGACACUGCGGAACUUGUCGAGUUUUAUUAUUUGUGGAAAAAGACACCAGGUGCUAGUAGUAAUAGACCACAUAGAAGAAGAAGGCAAGCAUCAUUAAGGCGAGUGCGUAAUACAAGAAACUCACGUGCAGGUACACCUAAAGAACAAACACCUGAAGCUACUCCUACAGUUCCCGAUACCAAUGGUUCUAGACCAUCACCAAACCCAAAAGAGGGUGGAGAAAUGAGUUCUGUUACAGAAGAUGAGAAUUCUGAAGAAGACAGUGAUUCUAGGGAAGCAGGUGAUAUGGCUAAAGCAGAUAAUGGCAGGACUGACAAUCCUGAAGAUUCACCGAGUAGGAUGAGGACAAGAAAUAAAUCUAAAGAACAAACUACUCCAAAUAGUAAGAAAGGACAAGAUGAAAGUGAUAAUGAUUCAAAAUCUAAAACAAAACCUAGCAACAAACCAAAUACACAAAGUACAAACAACAAUAUAACAGAAAAGGUUUUAUCUUCACCAGUCAGCAAAGAUGUGAAGAAAAAGGUUUUAGUGUCUAAUGGUAAAGUAGAUGUAUCAAAAGUUAAGAAGCGUCUUCCAGAUGAUUCAAAAAUAGAAGGUAUAAUGGAUGGGGAUGUUCAAAUAAAAAAGAAAAAGGCUGAGGAAAAUCCCCCUGAGAGCCCAUCAGGAAGUCUAACAAAUGACAGUUUUUCAGCAAUGGAGGAAAUUGUGGAACCUGAGCCUGAAGCUUGUGAUUUUAGUUUCAAUAAGACUGAUAAAGAUAUUAUUGACCAGAAUAAAGAGGCAGAACCUGAGAAAUCAAGUUCAAAGCCAGCAGAAACACAGGUCAAGGUUGAAGUAAAUCCUGAACCUAUAAUCAAAACUGAAAAAGAUGCCAUGCCAACUGCAUUUAAAGUUGUACCAGAAAAGGAUGAAAGAAAUGUUUUAGAUUUUAAAGCUGAUACAAAUCCACUGAAAAGUGUUGAAAAUGUUGAAUCCAGACCACUUACAAUUCCAAAUGCAAUAUUUCCGAAAACAGAACUUAUCAUUCCUAAAGUUACACCAAUGUCUACAGACGCAAUGGAAAAAAUUAAAAUCAAAGAAGAAGUGGAUACAGAAGAGCAAACACUCAAUUUGCAAAAAGAUGAUAUCCAUAAGGAUCCACUUGCACAUCGUCCUGGACAUCCACUGAACCAAAAUAAUAAACCACUUAAUUUAGAAAAUACUAAUUUCUUUGUCAAAGACAGUCAUAUUUAUAAUCCUAAAUUAAAUCAUAGCAUAAAAAUUGAAGGUGGAAUGCCAAAUAAUAUAUUCAAUCCCAUGAAUAUUCCCAAAGAUAAUCCCCUCAUAAGAAAUGCAAAAGACUUCUCUACGGGAUUACCUUCAUUUCCAUAUCCUCCCAACAUAAAUUUUGCUAGUGAUCCUAGUAAACAUAACCCUCAUAUGAAUCCACUUAAAACGGUUAUUAAAUUAGAACCAAGAGAUGAAACCAGUGAAAUGAAAAACCAGAAUACAGCAGAAAUAUUUACAGCAACAAUAUCAACAGCAAGUAAGGUGGACUCCCCCAAUGCACCAAGACUGGAUACAUUGCAAAGAAUUAGCCCAUCACCUACUAACACAAGGGGCUCCUCGCCUCCUCCAAUGGAACAUCCAACUACUACCAAUACAGAACCAAUUUCUCCAGCUCAAGAAAAUAAGGAAUCUGAUGUUGAUGAUAAACAGCCAACAGACUUGAAGACACAACCAAUGCCUCCUAAAUUAGACUCUCGAGAAAAUAGUUUGAGACAACCUCUAUUCCAACCUCCUGUUAGGCCAGAAAAUCUUGGAGUGAGAUCCACAGAGGCACCCUCGAUCCCUGUAUCAGGUCAAAGUAUGCCUCCUCCUCUCAGCCAGCCAACCAUUGCUGGUUUGCUUCCUCCUGGUCCAUUGAUAUCUGUAGGAAGCGGUUCAAAUGUCGGACCCUAUGGGUUCAUGCCUACUUCUUUAUAUGGACACCCUGGACAUCCUGGUCUAGAUAAACCAGGUUCACUACCACCAUUAAUACAACAAGUGCCCCCAUCACACAGCCUUCCAGGCAGUAAUUUAAUACCACCUCCAUCUAAUCCAAGUGACUCAAUGCCCCAGGACUUAAAGAUCAAACAAGAAGUGCCUGACAAUAUGCCGGCUAAUCUGUCUACACAGGGUACAGAUCCAUUGCAGUCAUUGAAAGAAGUUAAAGUGCCUGGUUAUCCCAUUGGAAGUGCCAUAGCACAACACUUAAGUACAGAAAGAGAUAGAGAAUCUAUAUCAAGUGUUGAGAAUAAUAGUAGACCACCAAGUCAACCUACAAAUGAAGGUUCUAAUAUGCCUAGUGCAUUCCUUGGACCUAGAAUAGAGAGUAUAAAGAAGGAACCUGACUUUUUGCACCAACCUCACAUUUCUUCUGCAAAUACAAGUCAAGGCAGUGGUUCAGAUUCAGUGAGUACUGUGCCUCCAGUAAAGAGUCCCCAUACUCCAACUCCAAUUAAGAGUCAACCAAGUCAUAAUGGAACUCCAGGUCAUGGCCCCCAUCCUUCAGCCACAACCUCACCCUUCUCAAGGCAUUUAACCAGUCCAUCACAACCGCGACAAAUAUCUGCCUCCCCUGUCCAACCCAAUACUCCGGUAUCACAUUCAGCUCUUAAUUUGAUGAACCCAACGCCACUUACAAUACCUGCAACUAUACCAGGACCAGUAAUGCAUUCUGGACAGCAACCGGGACAUCCACAUCCCCAUCCAUUUGCAUCGCCUCUUCAUCAUCCACAUCAUCCUUUGUUGCAUCCUUCAAUCUUUCAACUCUCAGCAGCUGCGGCCGCACAUGCAAUGCAUCCUUAUUACCCACACCCACAUCCUGGGUAUUCAAUGCCUUACCCCUACCCAUAUGGUCCAUUACCACAACCACAUCCAAUACCACCAAUGCAUCCUGGAUCUAGCACGCCAGGACGGCAUGAUCCAGUUAAACCGUCAACAAUCGAAUCUACGACGAUGCUUAGCUCUCAUCACAGUACCAGUUCUUCAGUGACUACCAGAUCCUUAAGAGAAAUAUCAGAGAGUAGUGAUGACCCGAGAAAUCCGAAUGCAACAGAAAGACAUCAGUUGCACGAGACUACUAUGACGCAUCAUCAUUCCACAAGCCAUCACAGUGCAGUGCACACGAGUACAGAAAAACAACCCAGUCAUGCUGGCGGGGGGACCAAUCAUACCCUAUCUAUAUCUCAUUCUACUUCUAGUAGUUCUUCCCAGUCUAUCCAACAUAAAAUUAAUACACAACAGAAAAGUAGCUCUCAUUCAAGCUCUCCCCAUCACUUAUCAGCCAGUGUUUCUCAAACAACCAGUUCUUCUUCGAGUGUUAAUGUCACAAAUAAUCAUACACAUCAUCACUCGCAUCAUUUAGCUCACCAUCCAGAGCGGUUGUCCCCGGCUGAUUCUAUGUUAUUAAGACAUCAUCCCAAAAUGCUCCCAGGCAAUCCAAAUCACCUUAUGAUUCAACCCCCAUCAAUGGGUCAUCCAAUGGGGCUUGGCCUACCUCCUGGACCUGGUCCCAGUUCAAUUGAAAGCUUACGUUUGCACGCUCAGGCUGCUGCGGGAUUACAGGCUCAUAGAUCCGGAUCCCCUCAUCAAUUAGCCCAUGGUCAUCCUCAUUUACGCGGGCCAUCAAGGCCGUUGGCUGACGAAACGCCUGAGCUCAAACUUGAAACACAAUCUCAGCCAGAAGAGGAAGAAGUUCCAAGCCCAGCACAUAUACCUCACGGGCCUAGUCCAGAGCCUAAAAUCGAAGAUACAGAAUGUCAUAGAUCACAGUCAGCAAUAUUCUUAAGGCAUUGGAACCGUGGCGAUUAUAAUUCGUGCACGCGAACUGAUCUUAUCUUCAAACCAGUGCCAGAAUCAAAGUUGGCACGAAAACGUGAGGAGCGGCUGCGGAAACAAGCAGAAAGAGAUAGAGAGGAAAGAGAAAAGAUAGCUCAACAAGCACAUCGAAAGAUAGCGACACCUGAGAAACCCGAUACUAAACCGCCAUCCAGAGGGGCGAUAGAAACUAUAACAUCACCAUAUGACAGGUUUCCAAGGCCUCCUGGUUAUCCUGACACCCCGGCUUUACGACAAUUAUCCGAGUAUGCACGCCCGCAUGCCGGAUUUAGCCCUGGGAAUUUACCACGUCAUUGCAUGGAUCCCAUGCUACAAUAUCAGCUCUCUUCUAUGUAUGGUGCUGCGGGUGCGCGAGAGCGGCUCGAACUAGAACAUCUCGAAAGAGAAAAGAGAGACAGGGAGAUAAGGGAACUACGAGAGCGAGAGUUAAACGAUAGGUUAAAAGAAGAAUUGUUAAAAAAUAACGUCGGUCCCCGUGCACUCGACCCACAUUGGUUGGAAAUGCACAGAAGAUACGGAAUGCCGCCUCCGCCGCCGCAAGGCGCGAUACCUGUUCAAUUCGGUUUAUACCCUCCGGGACACGGGCCAGCGGCCCUGUCGCAGUUGGAGCGCGAGCGCUUGGAACGGUUGGGCAUCCCGCCUGCAGCUGCCUCGGGCGCUCCGCCCUCCGUGCCGGUAUCGGCGGCGCCGGGCCACCACCCGCAUCAUCCGCACCCCGGCGUGGCGGCCGCGCAGCUCGAGGCGGCUGAGCGACUCGCCCUCGCCGCGGAUCCGAUGGUGCGACUCCAGAUGGCAGGGAUCAAUCCCGAGUAUCACGCUCACACUCACGCGCAUACUCACGCACAUUCACACACUCACUUGCACCUGCACCCGGGUCAGCAAGCGGCGGCGCAGGCCCAGCAAGAGGCGCUGGGGCUGGGGCUGGGGGCGGGCGGGCCGUACCGGCCGCUGCCUCACCCGGACCUGCUGGGGCGGCCGUACGCGGAGCAGCUGGCGCAGCAGGCGGCGGCGCACGAGCAGCUGCAGCGCCAGUUGCUGCUGGAGCGCGAGCGCGGGUUCCUGCACCCGGCGCACCACGAGGACUUCCUGCGGCAGCAGCGCGAGCGCGAGCUCAAGGUGCGCGCGCUGGAGGAGGCGGCCCGCGCCUCGCGCCCGUAGUGCCCCGCGUCCUAGCGCCCUCCGCCCGACUCCGUCGUUAUUGUUGUUGAGUGAUAACUACCAGAGUGGAGUUCGAUACCUUAACACUGAUAGGUUCACGUGUAGUGUGCUGACCGUAAAACCAGUGUAAUGUUCAUCUGUAAUAAUACACUUGUAAUAUAAUAAAUAAGAAGUGUUCACUUCUAGAGUAUUGAUGACGGAAAUUAUUUCAUAAGUAUGUGUGUGUUACAGUUGUAAUUUAUAUUUAUGUAAUUUUAUAAUGAUUUUAUAGUUGCAUGGUCUCGUAGUAUGCUUAUUUUCCAUGCUCAAAUUUUUAUUUUUAACAACUAGUCAUAAUUAAAAUUUUAAUGAAUAUUAAGAAACGAGUCACAAUAAGUGAAAAUUGGCAUAGAAUACCUUAUCAUGUGCUACUUGAAAAAUUUAUGUUUUUACACAAUAUGUGAAAAUUGGCAUAGAAUACCUUAUCAUGUGCUACUUGAAAAAUUUAUGUUUUUACACAAUAUGUGAAAAUUGGCAUAGAAUACCUUAUCAUGUGCUACUUGAAAAAUGUAUGUUUUUACACAAUAUGUGAAAAUUGGCAUAGAAUACCUUAUCAUGUGCUACUUGAAAAAUUUAUGUUUUUACAUGGGUUAUUUGACUGAAAACAGUUUAAUGGUUCAGAAUUAUAUAAGCUAGCUUUUACCCCAAGUUUCAAGAGAAGAUUCGUUCGGUAACACGUGAAGAAAUAAUAAACAAACUUUCUUUCGUAAUUUUAUUAGUUUGGAGAUAUAUUAUUACAACUUAUAUGCAACAACCUUGAAAUAUUCUUUCAAUUCAAAUAUUCUCUUAAAGCGCCCACACUGUCGCUUCUUCUGCUCAUCCAGACUUAUAAUAAAGCGAAAAGAUCCAAUGAAAUUUGGUACACAAAUAGAAUAGAAUAACAUAAGCUUUAAUUUUUUUCUGAAAAUUCCAUGGGAGCUAAGUCCUGCGCAAAAGCUGUAAAGUCCAUAAUCUAUUAAAAUUUUUAUUUAUGUAGAAGAUACCUACGUAUUUAUCACUCAUCAAAUAUUUGAAUGCAGUCAAAUAACUUAUUACUAUAUAACAAAGGUGCUGUUUCUUCGCGUGUGACAGUAUAUUAUAAUUAUUGUAUUUUCACAAAACAAAUGUCCAGAAAAAAUAUGUUUCUUCAAGAAAUUCAACUCUUGUCAAAGCAGGUGUAAGCAAAUAUUUUGGUUAGAUAUAUCAACUCGGGAAAUUACAUACAUAUAAUCUUAAAUAUUUCUUUUGUGUAAGACAAAGCCAAAAGUACUAUAGGCAAGUUUUAUAGCAAUCUAUAUAUUUUCAUGAUUUAAAAUUAUAAAAACGGCAUAUUCUCCAUUUUCAUGUGGUUUUCUACAGUAAUCUAAUGCCUAUUUAAAAAUAGUUCAAAAUAGAUACGCCAUGCGCAUACAGUACUAGUAUCAGGGGCUGUCUUUUUCAAUAAACUAAAGAGAAUAAAUACACAAGGGAUGAGUCUUUAAUGAUAUUACCAAAAGUUAAGUAAGUUUUCUCAAAGUUCAUUAUUAUACAACGAUUAAAACUACUUGCCGAUUAAAAUGUUGACUUUACGGUUUAUUUAUGUUGUUGCCUGUACCCCAGACUAAAAGGUUUUUUUUUUCAUCGACAUGGCAGGGGUGAGAUGGUAAAAUUUAUCACCGAAUUACAAAGUCUUGAUUACAGUUAUAUUUAUAUCGAUCACUCUUACUAUGUAUUUCUUAGAAUCAAUUUCCGUAAAAUAUAUUUACGUUGUUUUAACAUAAUUUAUUAUUCCCAUAAUGGUAUUUAUUAAGAUAGUUCUUACAUACAUACAUAAAAUCACGCCUCUUUCCCGGAGGGGUAGGCAGAGACUACCUCUUUCCACUUGCCACGAUCUCUGCAUAUUUCCUUCGCUUCAUCCACAUUCAUAACUCUCUUCAUGCAAGCUCGGCGGUUUCGGGUACUUUUGACCUGACCCUUUACCAGGACGUCCUUAAUUUGAUCAAGAUACGUUCGUCUAGGUCUUCCCACUCCGACCUUUCCCUCUACACCCUCCAUGUAGGUAUAUCUGCUUAGUCAACCUGUUUUCAUUCAUCCUCUCCACAUGACCGAACCAUCUCAACAUACCCUUUUCUAUUCCUGUAACUACAUCUUCUUUCACAUCACAACAUUCUCUUAUCACGCUGUUCCUUAUCCUGUCACUCAAUUUCACACCCAUCAUACUCCUUAACGCUCUCAUUUCCACUGCAUUUAUUCUGCUUUCGUGCUUCGUUUGCCAUACCCAACUUUCACUCCUAUACAUUAAUGUCGGGACCAACACGCCCCUAUGCACAGCCAGUCGAGCCUGUUUGGAUAGUUUCUGACUGCUCAUAAAGGCAUACAAAGCUCCAUUCACCAUGUUCCCCGCGUUCACUCUCCUUUCAAUAUCACUAUCACACUUGCCAUCUGAUGUAAACUUUGAUCCUAGAUAUACUAACUCUUUCACUUGCUCAACUAUUUCUCCUCCAAUCAAAAUAUUACAUGCUGUCAUUUCUUUCUCCAUUUCAAAAACCAUAGAUAGUUCUUAUUUGAGAUAUUUUCAAAUGUGUGUUGACAAGUGGUUUUAUGUAUGGAAAAAUCAUACCACAUAUCUAUCAGUGUUACUCUAUGAGAUCUGCACAAAUUAAUUACAAAUAUUUAGUCAAAGUUACGAAAUAACUUUUAAUAAAAAACUAGUGACUCUGACAACUCGUAGUAAAUGAUUUUCUCUUUAAAAAUAUUUGUGCUUAUUUUGUGCAAAUCUUUAAAUAAUAAAUCUGAUCUUAUUGCCUUAUAUGCAAUAAUUUAACGAUAAAUUAAGAUAUUGUGGUAUAGUAAAUGCCAGUUGCACAUGGUUGUACCAAUUUAUAUUGAGCGUUAUUACCGCCGGCCACUCAGCGUUAUGACUGCUUACAAUAGCCAUAUAUUAGUUUCCCGUAUUUAUGUUUCAUAAAUAUGAGUUUAUGGUCAUUUGACACAAAACUACGAAGUUUUCCUACUUACUCGUUUUGUCAAAAAAUUUGACUAAUAAGAAUUGAAUUAACGCGGAAAGUGUGUAUGAACCUAUCGCUUUCACCACGAAAAAAGUUAUAUUCUGAGUUAAUUUAAUUGUGCCUACAGGUAAAUGGUUUUUGUAACAUUAAUGUUAACGCAAGUUGUGAAAAACACGUUUUGUAAAUAAUAAAUUACUUGAAAUUGAGAAGAAAGGUUUGAAAACUAAGUACUUUUUUUUCAAUGGAAUCCAGACUUUGUCUCCGUCAUUUAAAUUUUCAAUUAACGAUUUACAAUUAAUGCCAAAUAUUGGCAUUGUAUGAAGAAAAUUAAAUAGCUGUGUGAAAUUUGUAAUUAUAAAUGUUAUAAUUACAAUAGUAACAUAAAGACAAAAUUUUCGUCGUACAGUUAAGGACAUAAAACUAUGGAACAGUUAUAUAGAUAAACACGCAAACGUUAUCGACAUGACGAUAUUUUCUAUAUGCACUACAAAAAUAAGUUACGCGAUAAUAAAUGGUAAAAUCUAGUAAGUCUUAAGUAAUUUGUAAGUUGUAAUUUUCGCCCAAUGUACACAUUCAAUAAUUAACUCUAUUGCACUGUAAUGUAAUAUAAAAUCCAUUUGUAACAAAUCCUUUUAGAAUUGAAGUUAUUUAUGUAAGAUAUAUUAGAUAUCUUUACUAAUUUCAUAAGGCGCUUUUUAGAUGUUACGUUGGGUAAAGCCAUAGUUUUCAUUCUGACAUUAAAAGAGAUGAGUAUUAUUUUUAGAGAAAAAUUAUAUCUUAAUUAAGAGGUUGCGUGUCGGUUUAAAACUUCAUUUAUUUAGACAAUAAGGUUAAAUGGAUGUCUUAGUGCUUUUGUGUAAAUUUUUUUGAAUAAUAUAUGUGGAAAAAUUC